CAGCAGCUCGAGCGGCGGCGGCGGCAUCGCAGCGGCCGGGCUGGGCGGCAGGAUGAACGGCUUCCUCCGGCUGGCCCUCGGGUGCCUGGUGGCGGACCUGCUCACGCUGGUGUGCCGGGCGCAGGAGAAAGCCGGGCAGCACCUGGGCAGCAUCGUGGUGCUCUCCGGGGGGAACCACUCCGGCUUUGGGGAGCACGGAGACGCCUCGGAGCCGCCCCCGACCCCGGACUUCUGCCGGGGCUACUUCGACGUGAUGGGCCAGUGGGACCCGCCGUUCAACUGCAGCUCGGGGGAGUUCGUCUUCUGCUGCGGCACUUGUGGCUUCAGGUUCUGCUGCAAGUUCAAGAAGACCCGGCUGGACCAAAACACCUGCACGAACUACGAGACGCCGGUGUGGAUGAACACGGGGAAGCCGCCUGCCCGCAUCGACGACCCCCUGCACGACCCCACCAGGGAUAAAACCAACCUCAUCGUCUACAUCAUCUGCGGGGUGGUGGCGGUCAUGGUGCUGGUGGGGAUCUUCACCAAGCUGGGGCUGGAGAAGGCGCACAGACCGCAGCGGGAGCACAUGUCCAGGGCUCUUGCUGAUGUUAUGCGACCUCAGGGUCCUUGCUCAACAGAUCACAUGGAAAGAGACCUAAACAUUGUAGUUCAUGUGCAACAUUAUGAAAACAUGGAGACAAGGCCACCUGCAAAUAAUUUGCAUGGUCCACAGAUGAAUAAUGUGGUACCAACUUCUCCUCUCCUCCCUCAGAUGGCACAUCCACAUUCAUACCCCAGCAUCGGACAGAUCACAAAUCCUUAUGAACAACAGCCCCCGGGCAAGGAGCUUAACAAGUAUGCCUCCCUAAAGGCAGUCGGAGGGUAUGAUGGUGAUUUUCCUGUGAUGACACUUAAGUCAAAAGCUGACAAGGUCAAUGACGACUUCUAUUCCAAACGCCGACACCUUGCAGAACUGGCUGCCAAGGGGAGCCUGCCACUGCACCCAGUGCGCAGAGAGGAAGACAGAACGUACCCGCCUGACAAUGGCACGACCAGACAGAAUGGGCAGAAAUCCAAAGUCUCAAAGAUGCACACACACCCCUUAGCUUACAACACCAACUUCAAAACCUGGGACCCGAGUGUCCAGUCCCUCCGACGGCAGACAUAUGCAAACAAGGGAAAGCACGGCACAGGAGAACCAGCAGCAAGUGACCCACUGACAACUCGGAGCCAACACUAUCUACCCCCACAGCCAUAUUUCAUAACUAACAGCAAGACAGAAGUGACUGUUUGAGAUUGCUUUUGAGAAAAAAAGAUCCCUUAAAAACAAAACCACACACAAAUAACUGAAAGAGGCAAAAAAAAAAAAGAUAUCAAGAAAGAAAGGAACUUCCACUUGGACAUUCCUGCUAUGAAGCCAAUUGUAAGGCAAAGAGUGGGCUAAUACCAUUCAGCAAUACACUGAAGGUUGAAUUAGAAACACCAUUUGUAUUUCACACUGGAAAACAAACCCUUGUGACUAAUUUUUUUUUACUUGAAACUGAAAUCCAUGAUGAGAAGUAGCACAAUCUAGAGAAACUUUAUGUCUGCUUAAACCAUUUACACUAUGUUCCUGCCUUGAGACAGAGAGCCAGUGAGAGAGAGAACAAUAUACUGUAAUACAUUGUUUUGGUCAGGAAUUUUGUAUAAAUUCUAAUAAUAAUAAUAAUCACUAGACCUGUGAAAACCCAAGUGCAAAUAACUUGGUACCAGCCCUAACAUUAUUGUACUUUCAUGCCAUCACUAUAUGAAGCGCAAAAAAAACCCCCAAUAAAAUAAAAUAGACAAAAGACUCUUUCAUGUGAAUCCAACGAAGACUGUUACAAUUAAAAACAUAUGGGAACUUUCUGGCUGGCAAAGAAUCCAGAAGGACAACAACAAACCCAAGAAGCUUUUAUUUUAGUUUUCUUUUGGUUUAGUUUUAAAGUUUUUUGACUCUCCAAAAUAAGAGACAUAUCAUAUGACAGAAUGUGGGGUGGGGGGUGUGGGAAGGCGGGGGCAGUGGGCAGAAAACCACUCCCCCUCAGUCCUGUUUUCCAGGCAGAAGGUAACAACUCUCACUUUGCGGACUGUCAAGACUUUUUCUUCACCUAAAUGUUUUGCCUAUAUUCAACUGCUUCGGACUGAAAAUAAAUAAGCGUGGGUGGUGCCUUUACUGUAUUGCUAUUGUUCAAUGACAGUCUUGUUUCUCAAAGUGAAACCCUUGUUCUUUUAAGCUUAUUUCCUCAUGUUUUAUUAAAGUAUUAGAAGGGUUCCAUCCCCAUCAGCCUCUCUGCCCUUUUUUGUUGUCAAGAAUGAAAAUUCAUGUUUCAUCUCCGUGUAGUGGUUGCAAGGUCAAGAAUAUUUAGUUAGCCCCUCACCCCCAAUGGUAAACCAUAAUUUUCCUACCUAAAAUCCCCUAUAGUCUUUCAUUCUGUAUUUGCUUUUAGGCACAGUAGUUCUCCUUCGAAGUUCAAUUAAAUGUUACAUGGCAUAUUGUCUUUUCUCUUGUUUGCUUUUUGUUAGUGGUGUCCCCCCUCUUGGUGGGCUAUUUGAUAAAGGGGACUACUGUACUAGCCUCAGACAUCACAAGGGUCUGGGUUUAAAAUCAGACUCAUGGUCUCACCGUACCAUGGUUCUGAUGACUUGGAUACAUUUUUCAUAUCAAUAAAAUCACUCCAGAAUUUGGCACAGUUAGCAGCCUGGCAGUCCUGGAAUGGUAAAAUGUGUGUACAUCAGCAGUGAAGUGAAUAAUUGUGAGACUAAGACUGUGUGGCAACAGCCUGACACCCAGGCAGUGCAAUCUGCAUUUCACUUUCAUCAUGCACUAAAAUCCCUGCCCUCCCAAAAAAGAAGUCAUUUGGCCAAGUCAUAAACUAACCAUCCCAAUAAAAUUUACAUUCUCACUGGCUGUAAAUUCUCCUUAAGUUUAGUUUCAUAAUGUAUCAGGACAUGAUUGGCUCCAUGAGUCUGAGAACUGUAUGCUGUAAAGUGAAUCAAAGGUGGGAUUUCUUAACUGUAUUCAGCUGAUUCGGGCAGUAUUUCUUCUUAGAUUUUUGCAAGGGUGCAAGAGCAGAGAAGUUUAAACGUGGUAAACAGGACAGAACACUUAUCCAGCCAUCUCAAGAUGGAUUUGCAUCCUGACAAUACAGGCAUCACUCUAUAAGUGUGCUUCUAAAUUGUAUGAUCAUCUAUUUUAAGCCUAUGAGAAGUAGACAAAGCCCAUGGACUAAUACUUUGCACACACUCCAAGUUCUCCAGUAUCUCACUUCAUUCCUUUAACCUUUAUUGCCUUCACAACUGGCUAUCUUAAUUUGAACCUUUAUGGAAUGUUGCUGUUAAUCCAUAUGCUUUAGAUACACACUUCAGCUGCACUCUUAUCCACACAGAUUUUUGUGUAACUUGAGCAUAUUUUAUGUGGAAAUAUUUUAGUAACUGUAUGUUCUGUAAGUAAACCCGUGUUAAUACUUGUUAACAACUACAGAGUUUAUGAUACCAAUAAUACUUCC